CGAUCGGCGUAUAUAAGCGUGCGACAGCUGGAAGAUGGUCAUCAGUUGCCUGCCUCUUCGGUUGCAUUCUUCAGCUACGUGAAGUUCCACAGAUUUCGCCCAAGCAAGAAACUUCCAGCAAUGAAGAUCUUUGUGUGUUUGUUUGCCGCUCUUGUUGCCACCUGCUCCGCAGGCAUCAUUGGCGGAGGUGGCGGCGGUGGCGGCGGUGGCGGUUACAGUUAUGGCAUCGGCAGCAGCGGCGGUGGCCAUGGACACGCCGAGGUGAGCACUGUCAAGGUCAUCCAUGAAGGCAGCCACGGCGGUCAUGGUGGCUUUGUGCACGGCGGACACGGCGGACACGGCGGCCACCAUCAGGAGGUGAAGACCAUCAAGGUGAUCCACCAGGAAGCACCAGAGGCACCAGCUAUCCACCACGGCUUCUCUCAUGGCGGCGGCUUCGGUGGUCACCAGGAGGUCAAGACUGUGAAGGUCAUUCACCAGGAUGGCGGCUUGGCUCUGGGCGGCGGUGGCUACGCUGGCGGCUUCUCCCAUGGCGGCGGACAUGGCCACCAGGAGGUGAAGACCGUUAAGGUCAUCCAUGAGGAGGCACCGGCUGUGCAUCAUGGCUUCUCUCACGGCGGCGGCGGCUUCGGCGGCCACCAGGAGGUCAAGACUGUGAAGGUCAUUCACCAGGGCGGCAGCGGCUACGCUGGCGGCUUCUCCCAUGGCAGCGGACAUGGCCACCAGGAGGUGAAGACCGUCAAGGUAAUCCACGAGGAGGCACCAGCUAUUCACCACGGCUUCUCUCAUGGCGGCGGCUUCGGUGGCCACCAGGAGGUCAAGACUGUGAAGGUCAUCCAUCAGGGCAGCGGCUAUGCUGGCGGCUUCUCCCAUGGCAGCAGUCACGACAUCGGCCACGUCCACCAGGAGGUGAAGACCGUCAAGGUCAUUCACGAAGAGGCCGCCCCAGCGCCCAUUGCCGUCCACAACGAGUAUCUGCCCCCAGUUGUCUCGGCUCCUCAGCCCGGCUACCUGCCCCCAGUUGGCGCCUGGAAAUAAUCUCCUCAACUGUGCCCAGUUGAUCUGUGAUUCGAACUGUGUCAUAGCUGUGACCUCCUUUGUUAAAUAGUUUUAGUAACAUCCCCAUUUUUUUUCCAUUAGCU